UUUUAGGGGAGGCAUUUUUUUUUGGCUGUAGCCCUAACGAACAUGGAGAGUACUUGGAGAAUUUGUGUUUGCUUCUAUUGCUGUUUUCAUUGGCUUUCUUCUAGCAUCCAGUGUUCCCCCCGCUCCAGGGGUAGUGUAGUCUCUGACAAGACCUCUGGGAUACUGGUAGUCCCUGAGGAUACCGCCAGUGAGCCAAAUCCAUUGCUGCAGCUGCCAAAAGGUGUGAGACGUGGAUAUGCUCUCUUGCCUCCUCUUCUCAAGGUGCUGUCUGACCGGGGACACCAGAACUGGGAAAGCGAGGCCACCAGGCUACAGCCAGAUUCCAGAGCCCUUCGGUACAUGAAAAGGCUAUAUAAGAUGUCUGCUACGAAGGAGGGAAUCCCAAAGGUUAACAAAAGCCACAUCUAUAACACUGUUCGACUUUUCACUCCAUGUUCUGAAUGCAAGCACCACCACAGGGACCUCAUGAAAGGAGAUGUUCACUCAGCGGAUUUACUCUUCAACCUGGAUCGUGUUACUGCCUUGGAGCACUUACUCAAGUCUGUCUUGCUUUAUACCUUUGACACGUCAGUUCCUGUUUCUUCUUCCACUACAUGCAUGUGCCAUUUAUCUGUUAAGGAGCAUGAUUUUUCCAGCCAAAUAUGUCCCAGCAUUUCACACUCUAUAGCUUUUAGCCUGCACUUUGAAGUUAGAAAACGCAAGUGGGUUGAGAUUGAUGUGACUUCUUUUCUCCAGCCUCUAAUUGCCACUAACAGGAGGAAUAUUCAUAUGGCUGUGAACUUCACUUGUCUGAUGGGUGAUCCACAACAGAACACUAAACUGGAAAAUCCCAUUAAUAUGGCACUGGUUCCCCCUUCUCUUCUUCUUUAUCUGAAUGAUACCAGUGAACAAGCUUAUCACAGGUGGAACUCACUUAGACACAGAAGGAAAAACUCAGUGCAGCCCAGGCAAAGGAACAAUCCGCUUGUUGAUGUUACAGGUGACAAAGGAAAAGAGAAUUCACAGGGUAAAAGGGCCUCUCGACAGCGAAGAGAUGAGAGCCUGAAAGAAGCGCCAGCAACUCCACUUUACAAUUUGAGUGAAUAUUUCAAACAGUUUCUGUUCCCUCAAAAUGAGUGUGAGCUUCACAGCUUCAGUCUAAGUUUUAGCCAACUAAAAUGGGACAAAUGGAUAAUAGCACCACACCGGUACAGCCCUCAGUAUUGCAAAGGUGACUGCCCAAGGGUUGUCGGGCAUCGUUACGGCUCUCCAGUGCACACAAUGGUGCAGAACAUAAUAUAUGAGAAACUGGACUCAUCUGUUCCAAGGCCCUCCUGUGUUCCUGCGGAAUACAGCCCACUGAGUGUCCUGACCAUAGAGCCUGAUGGCUCCAUAGUCUACAAAGAGUAUGAAGAUAUGAUAGCUACAAAGUGCACUUGUCGUUAGUGGGUGAAUCCUGCUUGGUUUUACUCUGGUUUUGGUAAUUUUUGUAUUCUCAAAGUAUCUGUAGCUAUAAUCAACAGAAUAGUGUUUGUGAAAUUCUAAUAGCUCUAUAAGAUCAGUUAUGAUUUAGCAUGGAGUUAGUAGAAGGUGUUUACAUCAUAGCACUUAUUUUUGUAGCCACUCAGCCUUUCUAGAAUGUGAAAUUAAAUUUAAAAUCUUUUUAUUGGAAUAAUUUUGCAUUUAAAAUGUGGAAGAGGUUUCAACUACCAGACGUCUAUUUUAAGCUGCUUUGUUAUAAAUUUAGAUAAAUAAAUGUCUAUCAUGCAUACCACUUAUAUUCAACGCCUGAUAGUCUUCCUCUAGAUAAAGACACCUUUUGCAUGAAGUUUCCAGCAAGUGUCUAGGAAGAGAAGAAAGUUGUUAAUGUUAAAAUUACUUUCUCAGGUUUUCAUUCUUUUUCCCUACCCUGUUUCCAGUUCCCCCAGGCAAGAAGACAACUCUUCCUCACAGCUCUGUAAAAAAGUUACAAGGUUGCUUCUUGCUUUUCUUCUUUGGGCUUUCUCAGUGAAGAGUGGUAAGAAUUGAAGGAUGGCUGUGUCGUAACUUGUGAAAACUUAAGUAACUGAACUAUUUGAGUAAGAACCGGCACAGCUUGUGGGUGAGCUGUUAAAAAUGGAAAGGCUUGAUCUAGUUCAAGAGCAAAGCACAAGCUGUUCAUGGGCACAGGAUUCUACAGGUGGUACUACACCACCACUUGCUUCUGAAUUAUGAAAUGUUCAAUGUUGUCAGCAUAAAAAAAUAAGAAAGGGCUUUAGAAGCCCAUUUUAAAAUAGUUUAUUUAAAUGCUAUUAAAUUGGUUUAGUAGUCUGAAAGUGUGGGGACAUAACCUCACUUCCUCUGGCAAUAAAAUUGUAGGUAAUGGCGCCUUAAUGCUAGAUGUUUCCAAACCAGAUUUUUACUAUGAUCAAUUUAUUUUCUCCUAAACUCUUCUAAUUUUAAGAGUUGUGUCAAAAAUGGUGGUUUCACACUGGGGACCCAAGCUAGGUGAGCUUUAGAUGGGGCUCAUGCACAAAAAAAAAGCCCAGCUUUCGUAGGGUGUGGUUUUGUGGUUUGUCUGU